AUUAUCAUCUAUACAUAUAAAUAUAUAUAAUAUUACAUCAACGUAAUAAUAUAAAUAUGGUUAGCUCAAACUUAUUUAGGGUUUUGAUAAUUCUAUCAAUGAUGGUGGUUUUAAUUAAAGGAGCCCCUAACAAAGUAAAGUGUCAAGACAAACACUAUCCAUAUUGUCAAAAUGAGCUUUAUUGUCCGGCCACUUGUCCUGAGUGGUGCACCGUUGAUUGUGCCACGUGUCAACCCAUCUGCUCCUCGCCACCAACUUUGUCACCACCGCCCAUUACUCCACCGCUAUCGCCUCCUUCACGGGAGGGUGCCGCAGCAAAGAAAGCGAGAUGUAAGAACAAGAAUUAUCCUAAUUGUUAUGGCUUGGAACAAAGUUGCCCUGGUGAUUGUCGUGACCAAUGUGAAGUGGAUUGUGUUACAUGUAGCCCUGUUUGUUAUUGCAAUAGGCCAGGAGCUGUGUGUCAAGAUCCUCGCUUCAUUGGUGGUGAUGGAAUUACCUUUUACUUCCACGGCAAGAAAGAUCACAACUUUUGCUUGGUUUCUGACUCGAACCUUCACAUAAAUGCCUACUUCAUUGGAAAACGAAACCCUAGCAUGACUAGAGACUUCACUUGGGUACAAUCGCUUGGAAUCCUUUUUGACAACCACAAACUCUUCAUUGGCGCCAAGAAGACUUCUACAUGGAGCAACAAUGUGGAUCGUAUCUCCCUCGCCUUUGAUGGGGAGCCUGUUAUUCUCCCUGUUGGCGAGGGAGCUGCGUGGCAGUCUCAUGAGUCCUCCAUAAUUGUGUUGAGGACUCAGGAUGCAAAUUCUGUAGAAAUUGAAGUGGAAGGUAAUUUCAAGAUCAAAGCGACGGUGGUGCCUAUCACCGAGAGGGAGUCACGAAUUCAUCGAUAUGGCAUCACUGAGGAUAACUGUUUUGCCCAUCUUGAUUUGAGCUUCAAGUUUUAUGCUUUGAGUGGGGAUGUCAAUGGUGUUUUAGGUCAGACUUAUGGAAAGAACUAUGUGAGUCGAGUGAAGAUGGGAGUGGCUGUGCCAGUGCUUGGUGGCGAGAGAGAAUUUACUGCUUCAAACCUAUUUGUAACGGAUUGUGUGGCGGCAAGAUUCGAUGGGAGGUUUGGAAAAGGUAAGGGUGGUUUUGAAGAGUUUGUUGGUAUGGAGUGUGGUAGUGGAAUGGGUGGUCAUGGUGUUGUGUGCAAGAAGUAGAAGUGAUGAUAUGAAUAUAGGGUUUUAUGGAAUAAUUAUGGGAAAUGUUAUUGAUUUUAUUAUUAAUAAAAAGUAUUUUUUUUUAAGAGAACUGUUUUUCCUUUCAAAAAAAAUUAAAAUAAAAGUAUGGUACCCUUUAAUAAAGAACAAUUUUUAUUUUUCUAAUUAU